AUGAAGUCUUUUAUCAGUCUGGCCCUCGCGGCCGUAGCUGUCAGCUCUCCAGUCAUUGUCGACACCAUCCACAAUGAAGCUGCUCCCAUACACUCAUCUUCUAACUCCGAGACCAUUCCAAACUCAUACAUCGUUGUCUUCAAGAAGCACGUCGAUGCAGCAAAGGCCAAUGACCACCAUUCGUGGGUACAGGAUGCCCACUUCGGCAGCCAGUCAUACAAGGCAGAGCUCAAGAAGAGAGACCAGAUAAGCUUCCAAGAGGAGGUCCUCGGUGGUCUGAAGCACACAUACAAUAUCCCAGGUCUAAUGGGAUAUUCCGGUCACUUCUACGAAGAUGUGAUCGAGAAGGUCCGCAGGCAUCCCGAUGUCGAGUACAUCGAGCUUGACUCUGAGGUCCACACAAUGUCCGAGUCUCCAGAGGUCGAGAAGAACUCCCCGUGGGGUCUUGCUCGUGUCUCCCACCGUCAGGGUCUUACCUUCUCGACAUUCAACAAGUACCUCUAUUCUGCCGAUGGUGGUGAGGGUGUGACUGCAUACGUGGUCGACACCGGUACCAACGUUGGCCAUGUUGACUUUGAGGGACGAGCCAGCUGGGGGAAGACCAUCCCAAGCGGCGAUGCCGAUGAAGACGGUAAUGGACACGGAACACAUUGCUCUGGAACCAUUGCAGGCAAGAAGUUUGGUGUUGCUAAGAAGGCUCAUGUCAAGGCUGUCAAGGUUCUUCGAAGCAACGGCAGUGGUAGCAUGUCUGAUGUCGUCAAGGGUGUCGAGUGGGCCGCUACCGAUCAUAUCGAAGUUAUGCGUGCUGUCAAGGCCGGCAAGAAGAAGGGUCACAAGGGCUCCGUCGCCAACAUGAGCUUGGGCGGUGGCAAAUCCCCAACUCUCGAUCUUGCUGUCAACGCUGCUGUUGAUGCCGGUAUUCACUUCGCUGUCGCUGCUGGAAACGACAACGCAGAUGCCUGCAACUACUCUCCCGCUGCUGCUGUAAAGGCCGUCACUGUCGGUGCUUCCACACUUGGCGAUGAGCGUGCCUACUUCUCCAACUAUGGAAAGUGCACCGACAUCUUCGCCCCCGGUCUCAACAUUCAAUCUACCUGGAUCGGCAGCAAAUACGCCACCAACACCAUCUCUGGCACCUCGAUGGCUUCUCCUCACAUUUGUGGUCUCCUCGCUUACUUCCUGUCUCUCCAGCCAGCAUCCGACUCUGCUUAUGCUGUCGCUGAUAUCACACCCAAGCAAUUGAAGGCACACAUGAUUGGCAUUGCCACCAAGGGUGUUCUCUCUUCAAUUCCUUCUGAUACCGUCAACUUGCUCGCCUGGAAUGGUGGUGGAAAGUCAAACUUCUCCGAGAUCAUCAACGAGGGUGGAUAUACCAAGCCAUCUUUCGAUCUUUUCGACACUGCUGCAGAUAUCAAGGGCGAGCUCAAGGACUUGGUCGCCGAGCUCGAGGCUUUGAUUGAGAAGGCAUAG